UCAAGUGAGCACGGCGAGACCCAGAUCCUAUACCGCAAACAGCAGCUAAUCGCUUCCUCUUGUAGAGUGCGCACCCUGACCGGANAGGAAAUCGAGCUCGACAUCGAGCCCGACUACAAAGAGCGUGUCGAGGAGAAGGAGGGCAUCNCCCCAGCACAACAGCGUCUCAUCUUUGGCGGCAAGCAAAUGAACGACGACAAGACCGCCAGCGAAUACCAACUCGAAGGUGGAGCCACUCUUCAUCUGGUUCUCGCUCUCCGUGGUGGACGA